GAUCACGAUGUUUACACGGGAAGGCACGCUAUACUAUCAUUCAAAUACCUGACAGAGUGGGUAUGCCGUGGAUCAGCGAACAGAAUCCACGCUUAUAAAGCGCUGAGUCUUAUAAAGUCAUCCCAGUGGAAUCCAUAGCUGCCGGACAUUUAAAGGGACGGAUAAAGAUAUGAUCUAAUAUAUCUGGGAGAGCUGUAGCGAUAUCCGCACACGUUGAUAAACUUCUAUCCCCAGCAGAUGAACCAUCGGCCAGUAUAAGGUAAAGCAAAGGCAUUGGCCCGAUGGGAGAGACUGAGGCAGUAUGUGAGGGCUGGAUGUCAUAGGCUACUAAUCCCACCGGAAGAGUACUUCAAAACCUUAGCCGAUAUGGAUGAGGUUAUGUACCGUAUGGACACUAGGGAAAGGACGUUUUAUGAACGGCAAAGUCGAUUUAGGAAACCGAAAGGUCUUAACAGGGAAAUAUCUAAAAUUUCUUCAAAGAGUUUAUCAAUAGGAAACUUACGGAGUGGAGAUAACGUGUUAAAUGGAGAUGCUGUGUCUAACCUGGACGUUUCACCACUUCCGGUCAUUCACGACAUGUCACCAACCCUAAGGAAAGAAAACUCAGAGGAUUAUGAUUUUGACGCAAAUGAAGAUGUGAAACUUGAGGAUGUGAAAACAUUCGUUACACCUCGACGGAAAACGACGAAGACUGCCGAUAUGUACUUAUUGGCAUGUAAACGGUGCAAGGUCACCGCCCUGUCAAAUUACACUCGUCAACUUCAAGUACCCACAUCAUCUUCCAUUGACCUUGCCAACAACCUAAUCACUGCCUCGGAUACUAAGGCAAUAGCGGUUUCACUCGUGAGAGAUAAGAGGAUCACCGUUUUUGACUUAUCAAACAAUAAGCUUGGCCCCCUAGGAGUCAUGUACUUAAGUGAAAUGCUUGUCAGGAACAAUACGUUAAUGGAACUGAACCUGUCUGAAACCUUCCCUGGUCCCGAGGGUCUGGAGGUUCUAGCCGAGGCGAUGCAAUACAAUGUUUCUGUUCAAAUUCUCAAGCUGGAAGGCAAUAAUAUAGAACACACUGCAGUUCAGAAUAUCGUUUCCAUAAUGCAGAAUGUGCGGUUACAGGAGCUUUAUCUUGGACACAACUCUCUCGGUUAUCAGGGCUUUAGUGCCCUAGCAAGUGCAAUAGAAAGUAAUACCACGUUGCGGAAACUUGACCUGCAGUGGAAUCAUAUCCGACGAGACAGCGCCAAGCAAGUGUGCAAAGCUAUAGCGGUGAACAAGGGUCUUCAUUCUUUAAAUCUAGCCUGGAACGGGCUCGGGAAGGAGGGGUGUAUCGCCCUAUGUCGAUCCCUGCCUAAAAACGUCACUCUACAAGACCUUGACCUGAACAGCAACCGAAUAGAUACAACAUCACUCAGGUUCUUACUUCAUGGUCUCGUCCACAACACGUGUCUCAAGUGUGUUCGGAUUGGUCGGAACCCUCUCACUACAGAUGGUGCUAAAGCGAUACUGCGUGCUUUGCAGUCCUCCAAGAAACCAGUAAUACAGGAGUUGAUAUUAGAAGAUGUUUCCGUAGAUGAUGAAUUCAUGACAUUACUAGCCAAACUCCAGGAUACAAAGAAUAUGAAGAUAAUUCACGGGGAUAUACUAUCUUCUGGAAUGAACAUAAAGGAACGGAAGCACGACCCUCAUGAUCUCAAUAGAUUUGACCCCGUUCUUGUUCUAGUGGAAUACAUGCGCAUAGACAAUCUCCGUCUUAUAGACUUUUUCCAAUAUCUUGAUACAACAAAUAGGGAACAGCUUUCGAGGACGGAUUUUCGUGAUGGAGUAGCGAAUCUCAGGAUACCUCUAACAGAACAUCAUUUGGACAUCGUCAUGCAAACACUCGAUUUAAAGCGUGACGGAUACGUGGAUUUAGAAGAAUUCAUGACUGUCCAAAGAGAGGUUCAGCGUCAGAUCACCAACAGGACCACAAGGGCUAGGCGACGCACCGGCAAAGACGACGAAGGGCUCGUAGGGCUCAGAAAAAUUCUUAAGGAACUAAUAGAAAAACGAAACAAAGAAAAUAAAGAAAAGGCUGCCGCAAGACGGUUUUCAUUGGCAUGGAAUAGUGCUGUACGACAAGCGUCUAACGCACGCAGAUUUUCGGAUCCAGUGGUGUCAACGUCCAGUGAGCAACAGGAAAAAAAAUCCCCUGUGCAUUUGUUGGAACAACUUAUGAAAACAGACAUUGCCGGAAGCCCACAUACGAUUCCUGAAGAGGAAGUUGUAUAGAAUAACGACCGAGCUUAUAGCCUUCUAGUAAAGAAGAUAAAAAGGGUGAAAUUGGUCAAUUGAUGUAUUUUAACAAUUCCUUGGGAAAGCUGGUGAUAUGAAGUCGUAACAUACGGCCGAACAACAUGAAGACAGACAUUUAUACGUUUAAAUACAUUUUCAAGGGAUCAUUUGUUCCGUUCAUAAUUUCAUCAAAUUAUAAGUUUUACAUGUAUUAGAAGUGGUAUAAACAAUAACAGAUUUUUAUGUAUCAGAGGGGGUAUCAACAACUACAGUUUGACAUUUAUCAGGUGGUAUUAACACAAUUACUUUGUAAAUCUGCAAAUCCAGACGUAAACACUGACUAAACCGGACAUCUCCGAAUAGGGAGAAUUUCUGCAUACGAACUGUGUACCAAAUAACAAUAUCGGUAUGAUUAGACUAAAAUCAGGCUUUUGUGAAUACCGAUGACUGAGAAGUAGGUAGCAAGCUUUUAUAUCAGAAUGAAUACGUAUUCUUGCUUUCGAAAGAAAUUGGGUUAAAAUACCUGGAAUCUGCAGUAGUUAAAAUGUGUAUGCACACCGAACAGUUUGAAAAUAUCAGACAGAUUGGUACAGUGUUUAGAACAAGAAGAAUGAUAAGAGAACUGUAACCCUUUCAGCAACACGUUAACCCACUGAUGCUCCAUGAGAUAUGUUCCACCGCUGAAUUGUCCCAUUUAGAAUAAAAAGAGAACUGUAACACUCUCAGCAACUUGCUAAUCCUCUUAUGUUCCAUGAGAUAUGUUCCACCGCUGAAUUGUCCCGUUAAGAAUCAGAGGAGAACUGUAACACUCGGCAAAUUGUUAUCCCUCUGAUGUUUCGUAGGACAUGUUCCACCGUUGAUUUUUUCCCCAUCAAGAAUAAGAAAAUACUCUCAACAGCAUGUCACCCUUCUGAUGUUCCGUAGGACGUGUCCAUCGCUGAUCGCAAGAACUACCUGAUCUUCAGUUCCAUCAUGUGUUUUUCAACCACAACCAAGAUAGCUGUGAACGGUCUAGUAAUUCUUUACUAUCUGUAUCACUCCCGGCGUAUGUAUUGUUUUAUAUUAAUGCAUAUAUCUAAGUUCCUGGUUGUAUUGUUUCAUAUUGUUACUUAUAUAUGAAGUCUUGGAUGUAUUUUUUAUAUUGAUAAAUAUAUCUGUUCCUGGAUGUAUUCUGACGUCCGUUAAGACAUUAAAAAACAUACUUCACUCAA